CGCAGCGUGGGAGGAGCCCCGGGCCCGGGCGGAGGCGGCGCCGGGAGCGGCCGGGCCCGCGGCUGCGGCGACAGCGGCAGCGGCAGCGACAGGUUCCCGGCCAUCUGCGGUGGCUUCUGGUUCGGCAGGGGCUCCUGCCUUAGGAAGGGCCCCCGGCUCUACUGCCAUGGAAAUUGCCAUUCUAAGAAAAAAAAGUCACAAUACCAUCCUUGUGUUUGAAUUCCUGGAUUUCAAUUUGGAUGUAAACAUUUAAUAUGGGAGUUGUCCAUCCAUCAUGUUGCGUCACCGGUGGUGGCUGAGCUGAGAUUCCUGCGUCUUGGGGAGAGCAUGUAUAAAAGGGAUGGCCUCAUGGCCAGUGUGACGGUGACCUCCGCCACUCCAGAGGGUAGUAGCAGCUCUGACUCUCUGGAGGGACGGAGCUCGGACUAUGCCAAUAAAAGCUAUGAUGCGGUUGUAUUUGACGUAUUGAAAGUAACUCCUGAGGAGUUUGCUAGCCAGAUUACAUUAAUGGAUAUGCCAGUAUUUAAAGCUAUACAGCCAGAGGAACUAGCAAGCUGUGGAUGGAAUAAGAAGGAGAAACACAUCCUCGCCCCUAAUAUUGUUGCCUUUACCAGGAGGUUUAACCAGGUUAGUUUCUGGGUUGUACGAGAAAUUUUAACAGCACAAACCUUAAAAAUAAGGGCAGAAAUAUUGAGCCAUUUUGUGAAAAUAGCUAAGAAACUGCUAGAACUGAACAACCUUCACUCCCUCAUGUCUGUGGUAUCCGCGUUACAAAGUGCACCUAUUUUCAGGCUGACAAAAACCUGGGCUCUUCUGAAUCGCAAAGACAAGGCCACCUUUGAGAAGUUGGACUACUUACUGUCUAAGGAAGAUAAUUAUAAGAGGACACGGGAAUACAUCAGAAGCUUAAAGAUGGUCCCUACUAUUCCCUAUUUAGGAAUUUAUCUCUUGGACUUAAUCUACAUUGAUUCUGCAUAUCCUGCCUCAGGCAGCAUCAUGGAGAAUGAACAAAGAUCCAAUCAAAUGAACAAUAUCCUUCGAAUAAUAGCUGAUUUGCAAGUCUCCUGUAACUAUGAUCACCUCACAACAUUACCCCAUGUGCAGAAGUAUUUAAAGUCUGUUCGCUACAUUGAAGAACUUCAAAAGUUUGUUGAAGAUGACAACUACAAAUUGUCCUUAAGAAUUGAACCAGGAAACAGUUCUCCUCGACUGGUCUCCUCCAAGGAAGAUCUUGCAGGCCCAUUAGAGGUGUCAGCAACCAUGAGGUUCAACAGAAGACCAACUUGUCCUGAUGCCUCUGUGGCAGCCAGCCUUCCAACUCCUCCUGUACCAAGACAUCGGAAGAGCCACAGUCUGGGAAACAACAUGAUGUGUCAGUUCAGCGUAGUGGAAAGCAAAAGCGCGACGUUCCCGACAGAGAGACCUCGCCACCUGCUGGACGACAGCGUCCUCGAGUCCCACAGCCCCGUCCGAAACCACACGCUGAACUCCGUUUUCACCAACGGCAUUUCCAUAGGUAGUAGUGAAAGCUCAGAAUUUAGUGAGGAGCUGUCUUCAGGGCUUGAAAGGGGUCGGCUGUACGCCACGCUGGGGCCCAACUGGCGGGUACCGAUUCGGAGUUCUCCGCGAAGUCGAAGCUGUGUCUACAGCCCAACAGGAGCCUGCAGCUGCACGAUAGGGACUUCCACAGGGGUCAUUACCAUGGAAGGGCCGUUGAAGAGGAAAACUUUGCUGAAAGAAGGCAAGAAACCUACUCUCUCCUCAUGGACUAGAUACUGGGUUACACUCUCAGGAUCAACCCUUCUUUACUUCGGAGCAAAGUCAUUAAGAGGCACAGAAAGAAAACAUUAUAAAUCUACCCCUGGUAAAAAAGUCUCUAUUGUGGGCUGGAUGGUGGCCCUGCCUGAUGAUCCUGAACACCCGGAUAUUUUCCAGCUCAACAACCCUGAUAAAGGCAAUGUUUACAAAUUUCAGACUGGUUCAAGGUUUCAUGCAAUACUGUGGCACAAGCAUUUGGAUGAUGCCUGCAAAAGCAACAGGCCUCAGGUACCUGCCAACCUUAUGUCAUUCGAGUAACUCGCUCUGGUCUGUUGUGCGACGUCAAGUGCCAAACUGCAGGAGGGGAUGGUCGUUCUGCGAGGUGGCGGCAGUCCCUGAAGUGAGCCAGCUGCCCGUUCUGCACUUUCCUAUGUAACUUGAAAGGGAUUUGGACACAGCUUUUACAAGCAGAGGAAGUGAAUGUUGUCCUUAGGACCAGAUAUAGUCUCAUGCACUGAACAGAAGUAGAGUUUAGACAGACUGAAGAUAAGUCCUGAUUUGAGGACCCUCGAGCCCUUGACUUUAACCCUGUGGUCACAGACUGCCCUGGACUAAUGUUUGACCACAGACUGUGCAUCACAUCUUCUGCCUAUUCUUUUUUUAGACUGUUCUUUUUAUUGUUGAGCUGCUUUAUGUGACUGAAGAACAUUUAGCCCAUGUUGGGUUUCCAAUUCUUUCUAAUGCACAAAACGAUUGACAGUGUUAACUUGCUGCAAAGUGUCAAUUAGAAUAGAACAUUGUGAAACAACAUUUUUAUAACCUAAGUGCACUGAGUUGCUUGGCAAUGUGGCUGCCUCAAAUUUUGUAUCAAAUCUCUGGACGAUUCUGCUGUUCACAUUUGACCUAUUUGGGAAAUGUGUAUUUUGGCACAGGAUAAUCGACUAAACCUAGUGUUUCUUUUGUUUGAUUGUGCUGCUUUUCAGUAUAAUUUUGAGGAAUGCCCAGACAAGUGAUGGGUCCACUGCUAUUUAAAUUCACUUUGUGCUGAAGCCUUUCCUGGGCUUUCUUACUAGUGCUGUAACUGCCUGCAGAUGUGUUUUGCUUCCUUUUAUUCUGGUGCUGUUCAUCUGAAGUCUCUAGUUCCAGGGGUGCAGCAGUUCAAGUCUUCUGAAUUGCAUGGUACUAAGCAUUGCCCCGGGGGAUGCCCCCAUCUCCACACUGACACCGCGUCAGUGGCAUGCAGACCCCAGGCAGUGGCACCUGUUGUCAUGAAGCCCUCUGAUCUUCUGAAAGGAUGGUGGAGAUGAGAGCGAAGCAGGGCAGACGGACAGUGAAGCAGCUGCCGGAGUGUGGAGUCCCCCAAGCCAGUGUCUUGAAAAGAGAAAGUAAACUGAAAUUCUCGAGAGCCUUCUUUCCUAGAAAAACCCUCCUCACAUCAGGGCUUUCCCCGCAUGUGCCGGACACUAGCCUGCUGGUCAGAGCCUUCUGCUGUUUCCACUUAGAGCUCAGCCCGUUUUCCAACGCUUGCCAUUUCUGCUGCAGGAAGUAAGUGCUCAGGCCUCGCUGAACAGGGACCAAGGUAAAAGUCAUUGCACAAAUCCUCCAUCCUGCACUUGGCUGGGCUCCCAAAUGUUCCUGAUCCCUGGUGCCCUGCAGCUCCCCGUGCACGGGCUGAAAUUGUGGGUUGGGUGGGAGAACCUUGAAAGCCACCAUCAUCACCUCUUAAUCCAUGGGCAGUCAGAGGUAAUCCUGGGUGAACAAAGCCCAGUGUUAAAACAAAUGCUGUCUCGGGGUUACUCUACUGAUAUCACUCAAUCAUGACUUUUUGGCAGCUUUUUAUUUUAAAUGUGCUUCUCUUACAAACAUCGUAUUUAUAAUGUUGCAUUUCAGGAUGUCUGUUGACUAUAAAGUAUUAUUUUGUUUUAACUGACAGCAUUAUCAUCCUGAGAAUUAAACAUACCUGACCAGCUUUUGAAGAAAAGCGGCUCCUAGUAGCUCCUGUGUGGACAGAUAGGAUGGGUGUAAGGACUCGCACAGAUCUGGGCAUAAGUAAUCUAUGAGGCUUCAAGAGAUGCCAGAGCUGGAGGAGUGACAAAAACAUUAGGUUCUUGCCAUUUCAGAAACUUUCUGUAAGAGGGAGCUGUUAACCCAGCAGCUGCUGUCCACCCAAGAGUAGGGCUGCCGACAAAGUAAGGUCUAACAGAAGAUUUUUAAGGAGACAAGGGUGAGGCCCUGUCCCCAGCGUGUCACUACUGAUGGACCAUUCGUGAAUUAUUCUCUUAGACAAAGAUGUGCGGAUGGCUGCAGCGAGCGACGCAUUAGAACUGUUCGUGAGCACGCAGGCAGCGAAAGCGAAGCGGAAUAUAUUUGUACGGGGUGUGCGCUGACGUAUCAGACAUAUCUGAGAAAUCGGCAGCGUUCUGCGACUGCACUCUUAUCACGUUUAGUUCUGUCUUAAACCCAGAACCUUAAGACUAGGGACAGAAAUGACACACACACCAGUGUAAGUGAUCGGAAACCAGUUCAGAUCUGUAACACAGCAGAAGUUCAGUGCGCAUAAACCGCUUUCAAAAUGGCUGAAACUGGUUUAAGAUAAACCUGGAUGUAUGUAGUGUCAGAUUUAACUGAUUUAGGUUAACUCGGUUUAUUGACCUUCUGUCCCAGAUCCCCUCCAGAUUCAAGUUAACUCACCGUCUGUCAGCAUCCCAGGUUGCUUUGCCCCUUCCCAGCAAACCCUCCCUUGCAGGGCGGGCAGGCUAGCCUUGGCCCAGUCUGCUUGCUUCAGCCCAGCAGGGAGGUGUGCUUUGGCACCCCCAGCUUCUGGCCUGGGCCACAGCAGCGCGUGGCUGCAUUUCCACAAUUCAAAGUGAAUGUCUGUUCACCUGCUUGUCGGUUCAACCCGUGGAGCUUUGACUAACCUGCAAAGAUUGAUUCUAUUCCAUUUCAGGCUUCUUGACUGUCUGUACUUAGCUUAAAGAUCUUCACCCUUCGCUAACUCACCACCCGCUAGUAAAACAGAGCUGUCCAUGGCCCUGACCUGUCCUUGCAUUGCUGGAAUUAAGGCAGAUCCAGAACGUAAUGCUACAUGGAGCUUGGUGGCUUCUUCUCACCUGUGUUUAAAUACAGUACCUCUUCCCUUUUGCAUAGUAAACAUGGGUCUUAACUGUCCUAAAGGAUAUCAUUUUGCUAAAGGCUUUUGGAGCUUCUGGGAUUACAGUGAGGAGAGGUCCACCCAGUACAAUGGCUUUGGAAGGUGGGUUAUAAAGAACCAAACGGUUCUCUUGAAUAAAUAGCCAUUCGGUGAUCAGAGGCAAUGAAAGCUGCUUGUCACAUAAUGCAAAACUCAAAGAGCGACCGAUAAAUGCAUAGCCAGCAGCCAACUCCUACAAGACUGGUACUUCCAGGCUGCCUAAUAAGAGUGUGUAGAAGGAUGAGGACAGCAGACAUGUAGAUAAACUCUCCCCUCAAGCAACCAGGAUUAAAAUACACAUUACCCAUAGCAACAACAUGUGCAAACAGGAGUUGUAACAUUAGCUUUUUGAAGCCAGCAAAUUCGAAUGGCUCAGCAUGGGUUCAGAAACCAGCUUGCACAGAAGGGAUAUGAUAUUAAUGCAUGGAUGAGACCCUGACAGCUAAACCCACCCUGUCCUGAUCUUUUACCCUAAUGUAGGCAAUGCCCCUGUGCAGGUUCCUGGUUCACAAACGAUACGGAAAUCCUUGCCGUAAGCAUCUGACACACGCUCAAGUGCCACACUGAAAAGAGACCAGUUUGGUCGCUGUUAGGGCGUUCAGAGAGGACAUGCCUUGCAGGACACUGUGAUCAUUGUGAUGUGGCUGCCCGCUGUCUGACGAGGUGAAAAGGUUCACAGUGGUAUGAUGCUACAGGAAAGUUAAUGGUAGCCUGUCCAGGCUCCAAUGAAUUCUUAUUAAAUAUAAAUAAAGUAUUAGUGCUAUAAUUAGCUACUGUUUUUUUUUUUCUUUUUAGUGCUCAGUAUCUGGCACCCUUACUGUGAAUUGAAAGCUACCACUGAAGUAAUAGGCAUUGGUACUGGUCAAAAUAUCACCGCUAUGAAAGGGUAUCACAAACCAGGCAAGUGGCAUCAAUCAAACAAGGAAGCUGCAGAAGUUGUGCAGAAAAUGGACCUUGGUAGCCAUUUUUGAGGUUGAAUACGUUCAGAUGGAAUAUAUAUAGGCAAUAUUAUUUAUUAAUUUAUUAGUGUGUGUACUUUAAAGUAAUUUAGUGCCAAAAUGCGUGUUUUCUGAAUAGCACUCAAUUGAGGCAUAGGCAGUAGUUUUCAAAUGAUGAUCUCUUUGUCACAUUACAUAGUAAAUCGAUUUCUAUAUUUCAGUUUGUUUCGUGUGAAACCUGUUGCACUAUUUUUGGCCGUAUUUUCCAGCAGCCCACUGCAUGCCAUUUGUGUAAGGACUAUUUCUAUAAUUCUUGUGAAUUGUCUCACCCAUAAUAACCACUGAACUUUUAACCCUUGUGUGGGAGUCUUUAGGUUUUUGGCAAAGUAUUUUGUUACCUCAGUCUUGUAUCAAGUUGCUGUAUUUUUCAGCUUGUUACAUUGAUAAUGAUUGUUUCACUAAUUAAAUACUUUAAUGUAAAAAAAAAAAUAA